AUGAGUACUCCUACAAUACCUGCCCAGAAUGAUCAAGAAACGCGUGCAUUUGCCAUGCAAUUCACAAAUUAUCUGAAAUCUCGCCCAGAGUUGAAAACGAAACCUGCGAUUCUCAAUGGAAAACGUGUUUACUAUUUCAGAAUCAAAAGAGUUAUGCGAUUUUUAACCUCAGAUGCGUAUCCUCCAAAAAAGGUAAAAGGAUUUCCCCCUAUUUCAACGCGCGAAGACGCCAUUGAUGUGUUAAAACUCUUGAUUAUGAACUCUAUGAUGGUUCGGGUCGACAAGCUUCCACCGAAACAAAAAAGGCAGGAGAUUGUCGAACUGCAAGUGAAUCGAACACAGGAUUUCCAGGACGACAUGCAUUACGUCUGGUUGUAUGAGCCUUUACAAAAGCGAGUUAUCGCUUUGGCAGUUUUGUUUGCUUUACUUGUUUUAGCACUUGUUCUAUUCCCUUUGUGGCCUAUGUCUAUGCGUAGGGGAGCUUGGUAUCUUAGUAUGGCCGGUUUGGGUGUUAUUGUUUUGUUUUUUGCUUUGGUAGUUUUUCGCUUUAUACUUUAUUGUAUCACUGCCAUUGUUGCAAGCCCGGGUCUCUGGUUGUUCCCUAAUCUACUCGCAGACGUCGGUUUUUGUGAUAGUUUUCAACCAGUCUGGGCUUGGCAUAACGCUAAACCAGAUACGAAGUCCAAGAAAGGAAAGAAGAGUCCUAAAAAAUCUUCCACUUCCGUUAGCUCUAUGGAAAAAGAGCCCUCUACUGCUACAACUACUGCUGCCGAACCUCGUUCCAAAAAUACUUCUUCAAAAGUUAGUCCCAGAAACCCUACUAUAGAAGAAGUGCUUGAAUUUCACGAGAAGUUAGAUUUUGAAGAAUGCUUGCUGGCUCCCAAUUGA